AUGACUGCCCCGCGCCGCUUCCGCCGGGAGCCACUUCCGCCUCGGGCUACACCACGGCGCCGGCGGGGGCUGGAGGGGGGCGGCGAGGAGCGGCGCAUGCGCUGCGUUGACCUGCCGCCGUGGCUCUCCCCUCUCCGCAUCCGGAGUGGAGCCGGCCGGGCCGCGCGGGCCAUGGCGCUGGAGGCCGGAAGCUGCGACCCUGUGGGAUCCAUCCUAAUCCAGGUCCAUGAAGACCUUUAUCAAUUAAAGGAAAAGUUAACAAAAUUCUCACCUGAGAAUAAAGAAGAGACCCUAGACAUUCAGAAUCUAGAAACAGCAAUCAAAAGGACUGAAAUGGGGUUAAGAAUUCACAUUGAGAAGUAUUUAAAUGUUGUAAACCAUCAUGUGUUAACGACCCCUAUUAAUGAAGAGAGCUUAUAUACGCCUCGGGCUUCCAAGUGGUUUCCAACUGUAAUUGAUCAGAAAUCAUUUAUUUUCCCUUUGGAAUCUGAGGGUAAACUUUGGCAACCCCAAAGACAGCGCAGUCCAUUUCCUCGCAUCUUUCCAAAAGUAAAGCAAAAGAUAGGCUUGAAUGUAAAAAUCAUGCAAGAUCCAGAAAACAGCCACCACAGAGCUGCUGUAAAGGCCAGCUAUGGAAUCAGUUUGCCACAUAUUAACCAGAGAAAAGCCCGUGGAUUCUAAGCAUGAUUGAGCGAGGACUUAUCCCACCAGCAGCAAGGAUUACCUUCCAGAACCCACCCAUCAGACCCAGAGCUGUUCCACUGCACAACGUUGGCGAAGCCCGUAAGAUACCAGCUGUGGGUAAGACACUCU